CCAAGCCAGGGGCGGACUGACCAUUUGGAAACUCAGGCACUGCCCGAGGGCCCGGGGUCAGUAAGGGGCCCCAUGAGAUGCCCCUGGUACCUUUUUCAUAGGCUUUUUUGAGUUUGGGCAAGGACACAGGGGCCCCAUGAUCCCCUAUUGCCCGGGGGCCCCAUGAGUUGUCACUCCGCUCCUGGACCAAGCGCAUUCUCAAUGCGCUUGGAGAUUGACGCAGGUCCGUACAGCUAUCUGCCAGUCAUUGAUUUGAACAGGUUAGCUGCAUAGAGCA